AUGUCUUUGGCAAUCAAGUUCCAGCAAGUUUCUGGAGAAUAUCAGAAACUCCAGGUCGAUUUAUCCAAAGCGAUCGAGGCAAGGCAGCGGCUUGACGCGCAGCUCUCUGAAAAUGAGCUGGUGAAGCAGGAAUUCGCUCAGUUGACAGCACAAAACGACGUCUACAAGCAAAUUGGGCCUGUGUUGGUGAAGCAGGAUCAAGCUGAAGCAAAAACCAACGUUGAGACUCGGCUAGAGUUCAUACGCGGAGAGAUUAAACGGGUGGAAGGGCAAAUCAAAGAUUUUGAGCAGAAGCAGGAUAUCAAAAAGCAAGAACUCGUGAAUAUCCAAACAGCUCUUCAGCAGGAGCGGCCACAAGAAUUGGCCAAAACCCAUCCAUAG